GAGCAAUUGAGAAAAUGCUGCAAAUCGUAUCAAGAUCCGUGGUCAUGGACAGGAGAUGGAAAAGCAGCGCUGAGGUAGCCCCUAAUUGCCCUCGCUGCGCCUCUCCCAACACCAAAUUCUGCUAUUACAAUAACUACAGCCUCUCCCAGCCUCGUUACUUCUGUAAGGGCUGUCGAAGGUACUGGACUAGAGGUGGCUCUCUUCGUAACGUUCCAGUCGGCGGUGGUUGCCGUAAGAACCGCCGCUCUAAAUCCACCACCAGGACUCCACCGUCCACCGACCGUCUCUCCCCGACGGUGAUCCUAUCGUCAACCACCACCACCAUUACUACUACUACUAAUACUAGUAGUACAGGCACCGCCAAUGACGCUUCGAAUAUCGAUCUUGAGGUGGUGUUCGCCAAGUUCUUCAAUCAGAGUCAGAAUUCGUGUUUCGAUCGUGGUCAUAACCAGGUGGAUUCCCCUUUCAGCUUAACAGAUUCUUCUUCUUCCGACCUUCUUCAAUUCCCAGAAGAACAAGUACAAACACAGCAGCAGCAGCAACAACAACAGGGCAUUGUUGGUAUGAUAGGGUGUGAUAAUAAUCUAGUAAUAGACCAGGACUUCCAGUUUAUUGGAGACUACGAAUUCGGAUUGGAGGAGCAAGCGAACAGGAUUUCACACUAUACUGAAUAUCCCGAUCCCAAUAGUUACGGGUCACAAUCAAUGUUGAAGGACGAUUUGGCUUUAUGGUCGGGAACUACUCUGGAGACGGUGUUGCCGAAUUUUUCAUGGCAGACAUCGCAGAUACAGGGGUUGGAGUCGGUGAUCACGCCGUCGGCAGAUCAUCAUCAUCAUCUUACGUUUCAUCCCAAUGUACUACUCAACGAUGAAGAUUGCGGCUCCUUCGAUCUAUCAGGCUAUGGUAUCUCCUCAUCAACGUCUUUCUGA